GCUGCUAUCACCACCGGCCCCAUGGUGUUGCCGCCGGCCCUCGUACCUCCGGUUGCCACCACGGGGCCAGCAGCCGCCGGCGCUGCUGCGGCUGCGGUCACCGCUGCUGCUGCUACCGCAGUGCUGCAUCGGCAGGGCUCGGGCAACCUGUACCUGUCAGGAAGCACCGAGCUGGGUGCGGGAGAUGUGGGCGGCGGGAGGCGGGUGAGCCUGGGAGGUGGUAUCGUGCGCACGGCUAGCGGGCGCUUAGCGCAGGCUGCGGCAGCUGCCGAAGCAGCGCCGGUGGCUAUGGGGCCGCUGCCGGCGCCGGCGGUGUUGCUUGCUGAGUUGCUAGGAGCUGGUACUGGCGGCGGCGCAGUAGCAGCUGCAGCAGCAGCCCCUGCGGCGGGUGCGGGUGGUGACGGCGGCGGAGAAGGAGGAGGAGAAGGUCUUGGAGGCGAAGGCGGUAGCGGCGGCCAGGCGACGCUGGCAUUGCCCCAUGUGUUGCAGUCGUUAUCUUCGUUGUCGCGGUCGAACUAUUCGUUACAGAACGGCUGGUUGGACGAGCAGCUGACGGCGGAACGGCACCCACCGGACGGCGAGCUGUUGCAUGUUGCCUGGUCGGAUGCGGGGAGUGUUGCCAGCAUGCAGCUGGGGUCGGACCACCAGGAUGACGAGGACGCGCUGCCCGACAGCGUCAGUCGGGUGCCCUCCCGCGCGCAGCUGCUGCUGCUGGACCCCGCGCAGCUGGACUUGCCGGCCGGGGCAGCGGCGGCAGCGGAAGCAGCUCAAGAGGAGGUAACAGCCUUAGAAGCAUCUGCAGCAGCAGGAGCUCCUCUUCCGCUCGGCGAGGCAGCAGCCGCACCCGGCUCUCAAGCGGGCUGCUCCACCAACUGGGGUGACGACCCGCUCUCCUCGCUCGACUGGUCGCAUGCGGCUCACUCGCAGACCCGAGGACCCGUCGCACAGCUCCCAGCUGCAACACAUGCAGGGGGCCUCACCGCUACUGCUGCUGAGGGUGCUGCCGCUGCUGCUGCUGCUGCUGCUGCUGCUACGGAUCCUGGAUGCUACUACCUUGCAAGGCCUGUAAUGGAUCCUCUGUUGCUACCAGCAGCAGCAGGUGCUUCAGCCGCCACCGCGGGUGCUGCCGCCGUCGAGAGCCGCCACCUCCGGCCACGUACCGCGAGUGUGGGGCUGCCGGCGACGGCGGCAGCAGCAGCGGCGACAGCAGUGCAUUACGGUCGGGAUGGGGACCUGCCUGCAUCUCCUGCGCACGGCGUGGGUGGUGGUGUGGGCAGCGGUGUGGGUAGUGGCCACACGCUGGCCAGUGCCGCUACGGGCAGUGAGGUACGUGAGGCCCCGCAUGAGCUACUGCUGCAACAGCAGGAGCUACUGCAGUUGCAUGGGCAGCACUCGCAUGGCCAGCAGCAGGAGCAGCUGGUGCUACUGCCCAUGCAGCUUGUUGCAACAGACGCGGACUCAGAGGCGGCGGUGUCCUUGGUUUCGGGGCCCUCGGCCGCGGGCGCGUCGAUGGUGCACCAUCCGGAUUACGGGAGCGAUUACGGGUCUGAAGCGGCGGGAGGAGCAGGCGGGGUGGUGAUGGCGCAUGCAGGCGGCGGGGGCCCUACGGACAUCUCUGUUGGAU